UCGAGAUACAUGCAUGCACUGUAGGAGUAGGAGCACCACCGGCCACAGCCCAGCCGUCGCAUCGAUCGAUUUCCUGUCGCGCGCCACAGUGACGACGCACACAGGUCAAGCAAGCAUACGACGGAGUUAGUAUUACAAGAUGCAACGCAGGCAAAACUUUUCUCUUUUGGUUAACUGCAGGAGACAACUGGGUCGCAGGCGAGAAGAAGCUAACUUUUAGGACAUGGAAACAACAAGGACCACGAGCUCCGGCCUCUUCAUGUCUCCGAGCCUUUUUCUCCCCGAUGAAAGCUUCAGAAACAAGCCAGGGCCGGGUUGUUCCUUUCUCCAGCUUGGAGGAAAGCAUGUCACUUAAUCAAGUUUGGUAUCCCUUUUACUGCUAUCAUUGUGCAGUAUCCGCCGAAUCUAGCUACUAUAUGGUAAACAAUCAAUAAACAUAUCAAGCACUUUCUGAUGUUCCAAUCAACCUGUAACAUUUCACCAUAUCCACCACGGAUGCUCUCAGCGUAUCUCCCUCCGGCCUGCAACAGCAGAGUUCUUGCUUGCCCAGAUGGCAACGAUGACAGUAUCAGCACAUGAGAAAUCCAGUGGCUCUGGGCCUAAUUGCUCAUCCACCGUCUACAUGUAGCACGUACGUACUAAUACCAAAGCAAACAAAAGACAUGUUCUCCUGGUCCUGCAGACUGUUGUUGAAGUGGAGAUACGCCGUGAGCAAGCUACGCAUUUGGCAUGCAUGGAUGACAGGCAGACACAGCAGCGACAGGGGGCCUUUUGAGCUAUGCCAGCCUCAUGCUUAACCUUCUAAUCUAAUGCUAAUAAAUCAUGGGCUAACCAAACCCAGGCAGCCAGGCAGGUGCAUCUAAUCUCCCCAGGCCUAUCUGCCAGGCCCCCACCAUGAGGGCGAGGCGCUACGGCCACAUGGACUACAGAUGGAAAUACCUGUAACACUGCGUUGCAAGCGAAAUGGUUUGCUCCUCCCUCCUUGGCUUUGGUGACAAGAGAAGAGAGGGUACGCAAAUGGUUGGGGAAAGUUAUGGGUGACAGUUGGAGCUUGCGAGGAUAGGCCACCCUUUCCCAUUUAAACACACUGCCAUCCUUUCUGCGGUUCCUUCACACACCUCCACCCCCAAACACACCAUAGCCAUACACACGGCCCAGCCCUGAAGAAUUCUUGCCCCCCCUCAACUCCUUCUGAAUUCUUGAUCCUUUGAAGAGGGCUGAUUGCUGGAGGAUCUGGUGCUCUUCUCGGGUUAUGGGUGCUCAAGAGGCAUAGGCAAGAACAGUGCCAUCUUCAGUGCUGCAUUGUUGAGGAUAUUCAGAUUUCGGGAGAAGCAUAAGAGUAGGUGCUCGCAGAAUUCUCCCUCGACCUUGUUCUGCCUUGUUUCCAUUCUUGGCCAUUCUUGUCUCUCUUUUGGUCUUCCACUCCGAUCGCCUGUCAUGGAAUCCUCCCAAAUCACCGGGGAUGGCGGCGAAGAGUGCAACAGCAAUGAAUCCGGGUGGACAAUAUACCUGACCUCCCCCACGAGCAGCUAUGAAGCAAAAGAGAAUGGCAGUGAAGGGAGCAAUGUUGAAGAUGGCAGUGGCUACAUCACCGAGAGGAGGAAAGGGAAAGAAGAGAACAACGCGGAUGAUGAUGGAGAUUAUGAUUCCCUGGCGUCUGAUGCUUCCACAGGGACAUCUCAAGUGAAGGUGCUUGAAGGCAAAGAAGAGAAGGAUCGUCAGACAAAUCAUGGUUCCAGCAAUGAACAUGUCAAGGAUGAACAAGCUGAGACACUUACCAAGUUCUCGACAGGCAGCAACAAAAAGGCGGGCAAGGUGAAGAAAGGGGACGAGAAAAGCAGCAAAAGAGGCCACAAUAGAAGACGUAGCUCAUCAAGAACAAGCUUCUUUUGGUAAUAUUAUCAAGCUAGAAUCAAUGUCAGAGGCAUGAGGAAUUGAAGGCCUUGUGAUGGUCCCUGCUAUUGCCUUCUGCUGUUUUGUCCAUUUGUUAGCCACCUCAUAGGUUAGUUCUUCCUGUGCAAAUCUGUCACCCUUUCAUUAUUAUUCAUUACCCUAUUCGUAAUAUCGACAUUCAAGCA